AUGUCUCGACAGUUGCAGUUGCAGAAGACCAAAUAUUUGCAGCUGGGGCAGAACCGUGGGCAGUACUAUGGAGGAUCCUUGCCAAACGUCAAUCAGAUUGGAAACAGCACGAUCGACAUGCCUUUUCAGAAUUCAGGGCUCGACAUGAACAGGUCGACGCGACACCACGGAUUGGUGGAAAGAGUCUACCGCGAUCGGAACCGCAUCACAUCGCCCCACCGGAAACCCCUGUCUGUUGACAAACACGGACGACAGAUUGACAGCUGUCCAUAUGGCUCUGUAUAUCUCUCGCCGCCACCUGAUACUAGUUGGAGGAGGACAAACUCUGACUCAGCACUGCAUCAGAGCACACUAAUUCCUGCCCAGCAGGCCUCCUUCACUGGAGGAUCACAGGAGCUGCAGCCAAAACGAGUCCUCCUACUCACUGUACCGGGGUCUGAAGCAAUUAAACAAGAGGUGGAUGAAGAUGGACAGAAACAUAACUGGGACAGCAAAAAAAACAUUUCAAGAUCCAAGCCCUGCAAAGUUCCUGGAAUCCACAUUUUCCCGUCUCCAGAACAGCAGCUGACCGCUUCGAUGAAACCAGCAGCCCACAACACUGGCGGCUCUCUUCCCGAUCUGACCAACAUCCAGUUCCCUCCUCCGCUGCCCACCCCGCUCGACCACGACGACCCAGCUGCCGCCUCGUUCGGCUCCCAGAGCAGCACGCAGGCUCUGGGUAACACACAAGGAGUGAACACGUCUCAACCCACAGUAGCCAUGGAAAUCCAGGCCGGGCAGGAUAGUGUGAUUCCUCUCAUCCUGAACGCGGGAGACUCCCACCAGCACCAGAACCUGCAGCUCUCCCCAACAACUCCACCUCUCACUCUCUCCCAGGCAGCCAUUAAUGCCAUGAACCUGGAGCAGCAGCUGUCCCAGUACGCCUUCUUCAGCCAGCAGCCGUCGUCCCAGACACACCCAAACCAGCAACAGGCAGGUCUGGUCCAGCUGCCGUCCUCGGUGAACUCCUGCUCCCCGUCAGACAACCAGGCGUCCUCGCAAACCAACAUGACCAUCGACAUGAACGUGGCCUCGUCCCUUCAACAGUACCGCAGUAGGGUUGGAUCCUCUGCCAAUCAAUCUCCAACCUCUCCCGUCUCCAAUCAAGGCUUCUCACCCGGAGGCUCGCCUCAACACAACUCCAUACUGGGCAGCGUGUUUGCAGACUUCUACGACCAGCAGCUGCCUUCCAUUCAAGCCAGUGCGCUCUCACAGCAGUUGGAGCAGUUCAACAUGAUGGAGACCCCCAUCAGCUCUGACAGCCUGUACAACCAGAACUCCACCCUCAAUUACUCCCAGGCUCUUAUGAUGGGUUUGACUGGCCACUGCAACCCUCAGGACUCGCAGCAGCUUGGAUACAGUAGCCAUGGCAACAUCCCCAACAUCAUUCUCACAGUGAGUGGAGAGUCUCCACCCAGCCUGCCCAAGGACCUGUCUGGCUCCCUGCCCACAGAUGUCAGCUUUGAUGUGGACUCUCAGUUCCCGCUGGACGAUCUGAAAAUCGACCCGCUGACGCUGGAUGGCCUGCACAUGCUCAAUGACCCGGACAUGGUCCUCACCGAUCCCGCCACCGAGGAUGCAUUUCGCCUUGACAGGCUGUAACAAAAGUAGCGGGUGUAACAGGUGUGUGAACUCUGCUACCUAAAGCCGAGGGUCUCUGAGGAGAAGGUAUCUAGAAUCAGGCUGAUCAAAGGCCUCAUCUGGGCUGAGCAUCAAUUCCACACGACCCAACACAAUCGACUCCCACAAAUGAGCUCUUAAAAUGUUUCUAAAGACUGCUGCUAGCUUCCCUUUAAUGGUUCUCUCACUACCUUUUGUGAUGGAUCCUGUUGCGAUUUAGAUGAUAUACCCGUUUUUUAUUCGAGGAAGCUUAAUGAAAAUUUGGGGGCAUAAACAGCCCGGUCUCUAAUUCUCCAUCAAUGACUGACUAAACUAUGUCUGUAGAGCAAACCCGUAAUAAAUCACACUAUAGCGAUCGCACGGCUGUUAACAUAGAGUAGCUUGAUGACUCAGAGGAAACACCUGUUGAGCUUAACCUCCCUCUGUCCCAAGCUGUAAUGGAAGCCCCGGUGAGGCGAUGAGUCACCCUUUUGCAAGCUCAUUUAUUUUUAGGGAAUGGUGAAUUUUGAUUUUUAUCAUAGUCAGUGGCGGUCAUCAGUUUAUGCAUGAAAUCACAAAUCACUGUGCAUACUUGUUUUGCCUUAAUAGCGUCUACAUUUUGGUUUUCAUGCAAAGAUGACUCUUAUGUAGAUGAGGAAGAAAGAGGGAAAAAAACAAAGAAGCAUUUUAGGGAUGGAGUAAUUUUUUACAGGUGGUUUGGCCUACGUAAUCCGCCGUUGUGUCGUCACUACCAUAUCAUUUUUCAACUUCAUUUAUCGCACCUAAACGGAUAAAUGAGGAAUACGAGCUAGAUGUUUACAGGCUUUGUUUUAUAUUUUACAUGUACAGAAUGUGAUUAGAGUUUGCGUAACGGUAUCUAUGCAAAACUACAGCGAUCGAUUUGGGACUGUAAAAUGAAACACACACAUCGAACCCUUAUACGCAGGAAGGCAGCGUGCAGGAUUCUUAGAGGACGCACGGCGACCGUGCCAUGUUACUUUUGAAACUGUUUCCGUUCUUUCAGACUAGUGAGGUGUAGAGAUGGUGGGGGGGAAAGGCACACUGAGCGUGGCACACAGGAUUACUCCCAAAGAUGUGACCUCAGCGUAGUUGAAAUAUCUAUAUAUAUAUGUAUAUUUUUCCAGACAAUUGAACUGCCUCUAUAAUAGAACAGAAUUGUUGAUACAAAGAGAAUGUAUUUAGGUCACAUCUGUACAACCAUGUUGUUGCCAUCCUGUCAUCCUCAUUGCCUCUCAUAACUAGCCUUUAUGUCCUUAAGGACACAUAUUGUUUCCCCAAAGCGGAUAUGACAUCCUGCUUUAAGUUUUAUGUGUUGCUUUGCUCGUUUCCCUGGCACUACAGCGACUCUAUGUAUCCGUUUUCUCGUAGCGCUCGUGUUGUCCGUGCCCUUUAUCGGUUCGUUCCGUAUCGCUCUGGUCGCUCUCGUAGUCGUAUGCUUUCGUGCUUUAAAAAUCCUCCGUGAAAUCAGUGCGUGUUUCAGUAGAUGGGUCCUUUGAGUUCAUUCAGAAACGUGUCUCAUUAUUGCACUUUAUGCAUUUAUUUAAAACACUGAUUUCUCAGAGUGUAUAUACCAAACCCCCCGUCCCCACCUACCCUCGUGACUGUUAUGUGCACUGGACCUGUCUGUCCUGUCUUUGAUAAAACUUGCCUUCUU